AAUCACAUUCAUUGUGAGUUUCACCAACUCUCUCUCUCUAGCUCUCUCUCUCAUGGGUGCUUCUUAUUUUGUUGGAGCAGUAGUACUGCUACUCAUAUCUCUCUUGCACCAAGGGAAUUGUGGGUGUGACUUUUACAAAGGAAGCUGGGUUCGGGAUGAGUCAUAUCCUCUUUAUGAUUCAUCAAGCUGUCCAUUCAUGGAGAAGGAGUUCAAUUGCCAAAAGAAUGGGCGUCCAGACAAAGAAUAUCUCAAAUAUAGAUGGCAGCCUACUGGCUGCAACUUACCCAGAUUCGAUGGUCGAGAGUUGUUGAAGAGGCUGAGAGGGAAGAGCGUAAUCUUUGUGGGGGACUCGUUGAGCAUGAACCAAUGGAUGUCACUCAAUUGCAUGCUUCAUACAGCUGUACCAGAGGCUAACUACACCUUAUUCAGGGCUUUUGGAUCAGAUAUCUCCACAUUCACUUUCCCGGAAUACAAUGUUAAGCUGUCCCUUUACCGCCACGCACUUAUAGUCGAUAUUGUACGGGAAAGCAUUGGGAGGGUUCUUAAACUGGACUCAGUCGAUGAAGGCGCCAAGGUAUGGACUGGCAACGACGUACUGAUUUUCAAUUCAUGGCAUUGGUGGACUCGUACAGGAAGAAAACAACGAUGGGAUUUUAUUGAAGAAGGAAGUAAGACGUACAAAGAUAUGGAACGUUUGGUUGCAUUCGAGAAAGGGUUGAAAACAUGGGCUAAAUGGGUUGACUCAAAUGUGGACCCUCUGAAAACCAAGGUCUUCUUUCAAGGUGUUUCUCCGGAUCAUUCAAAUGGAAGCUUUUGGGGGGAAGCAAGUGCAAAUCAAUGUGAAGGACAAGCAAAACCGGUGGCUGGUUCAAAUUAUCCAGGAGGUCCACAUCCUGCAGAGCUAGUGGCAGAGAAAGUGAUAAGGACUAUCUCAAGGCCAGUCCACUUGCUCAAGGUUACAACCCUAUCACAGCUACGUAAAGAUGGACAUCCGUCAUUCUACCAUGGGCACGGCCGCGCUCACAGGCUCAUGGAUUGCACCCAUUGGUGCCUACCUGGGGUACCUGAUACAUGGAAUCAACUCUUAUAUGCAGCUCUUAUUCAGAAUUAGCACAUUCACUAUUUUUGCCCACCAAUAAUGUUGUUUUAGAAAAUAUCAAUAAUUGUGGAAUCUUUGACGCAUUAAUAAAUAAAUCUCACAUGACCCCCGUGAUUUUUUUUA